CCGAGGCUGAGCCUCGCUCCCGGCUGAGUUCCCGCCGGCCAGCCGCAAUCCCGAGCCCGAGCCGCCGGCUGCGCGCCCCGUGCCCGGCGCGUUUUCAUGCAGCAGCUCCGAGCCGUGGCUGCUCGGCGUCUCUGCUCGCUGGGACGCGCCCCGACGGCUUCCCGAGACGCUCGUGGACGCCGCUUCCCCACUGCCUCCCACAGCUGGCGCUAGCCCGGGGCCCCACGUCCCUGCCGGCCCGGGGGGGAAGGGGGUGUUCCGGGCCGGGGGCAGCCCAGCUGAGGCAGGAUGUUCACGUCCAAGUCCAACUCUGUGUCACCCUCGCCUUCCCUGGAGCAGACUGACGCGGACGCGCUGGACAUCAGCACCAAAGUGCAGCUCUACGGGGUGCUGUGGAAGCGGCCCUUCGGGAGGCCGUCGGCCAAGUGGUCCCGGCGGUUUUUCAUCAUCAAAGAGAGCUUUCUGCUUUACUACUCUGAGAGCGAAAGAAAGAGCUUUGAAACCAAUAAAUACUUCAAUAUACAUCCUAAGGGCGUCAUCCCUCUGGGGGGCUGCCUGGUGGAGGCCAAGGAAGAGCCCAGCAUGCCCUACGCCAUGAAGAUCUCCCACCAGGACUUCCACGGGAACGUCUUGCUGGCUGCCGAGUCUGAGUUCGAGCAGACCCAGUGGUUGGAGAUGCUGCAGGAGUCUGGGAAGGUGACCUGGAAGAAUGCCCAGCUGGGAGAAGCCAUGAUCAAAAGCCUGGAGGCCCAGGGGCUGCAGUUGGCUAAGGAAAAGCAGGAGUAUUUAGACAAACUGAUGGAGGAGACGGAAGAGCUGUGCCUUCAGCGGGAGCAGAGAGAGGAGCUUGAGCGCCUUAACCAGGUGCUGGAGGCUGAGAAGCAGCAAUUUGAGGAGGUGGUGCAGGAGCUGAGAAUGGAGCAGGAGCAGAUCAAGAGGGAGCUGGAACUGACUGCAAGAUGCCUCAAGGGUGUGGAACAAGAGAAAAAGGAACUGAGGCACCUCACAGAGUCCCUGCAGCAGACGCUGGAGGAACUCUCCAUAGAGAAGAAGAAGACCCUGGAGAUGCUGGAAGAGAAUGAGAACCAGCUGCAGACAUUGGCCAAUCAGAGUGAGCAGCCCUCUCCCAGUGGGGGUCUCCAUAGCAACCUCAGGCAGAUCGAGGAGAAGAUGCAACAGCUCUUGGAGGAGAAGCUCCUGGCCGAGAAGCGGAUGAAGGAGAACGAGGAGCGCUCCCGGGCCCUGGAGGAGGAGCGUGAGUUCUACUCGAGCCAGUCCCAGGCGCUGCAGAACUCGCUGCAGGAGCUGACUGCAGAGAAGCAGCAGGCUGAGCGGGAGCUCAAGGCUGAGGUCAAGAUCCGCAUGGACCUGGAGAGGCGCCUGCGGGAGGCAGAGGGGGCCUUGCGGAGCCUGGAACAAGGGCUCAACUCCAAGGUGCGGAAUAAGGAGAAGGAGGAGAGGAUGCGGGCUGAUGUCAGCCAUCUGAAAAGGUUCUUUGAGGAGUGCAUCCGGAACGCCGAGCUGGAGGCCAAGAUGCCGGUCAUCAUGAAGAACUCGGUGUACAUCCACAAGGCGGCCACUCGCCGCAUCAAGAGCUGCCGCUUCCACCGGCGCCGGUCCAGCACCUCCUGGAACGACAUGAAGCCAUCCCAGUCCUUCAUGACCUCCCAGCUGGAAGCCAACAAUAUGGAGGAGCUGAAAGAGGUGGCCAAACGGCUCAGCAGGGACCAGCGCUUCCGGGAAUCCGUCUACCACUUCAUGGCCGCCCAGCCUGGAGCCCCCUCAGCGCUUUCCCGGGGUGCAAAGUGAUGGCUGCUCCCCUGCCUCCCGAUCGUUCUUCUGGGCCCAGGGCCAAGGGUCGGGAAGGGGCAGCAGAGGGAAGCCCAACUCUACCUGGCCCCUCUCCUUUGGGAGGCCCCUGGGGGUCAGCCUCACCCCUAAGGGACAGGGACGCCCUCCCUCACCCCCACCCCAACCCUACCCUUGGGUCUAUGCCAGGUCCCUGCGAGGUGAGGACAAGGCCUAGCUGUACCUGGAGAUAUUUGUUGGUCAGGGGGUGGGCAGGGGAGAGGCUGUCUACCCUGUGUGAACAGGCAGGGCCUGCCCUGCUGGGCGGAGACUGCAGCCCUCUCUGGUGCCCACCACACUUCUCUGUGACUCUGCCACCCUGGUCCUGUGUCACCCUGUGACACUGCCCCUGGUCCUUGUGUAUAAAGGCCUGACCUCCCCACCUGGACACUCCCUUUCCCCCGGGUUCCCUGACUGUCUGCUCUUGACACCCAGCCAGACAGCCCUCAGCCGAGGCCCCUCACUCAUACCACAUGGUGGAGUAGGGAAGAAAGGGACCUGGGACAGCAGCCUCUGGGCUUGUGGCACACACACACUUGACACAGAACUGCUUUUCCUAAGGCUGGGCCCUGGCUGUGGGGCCACCUGCUGCUGUCCCUGCCCCUCAGGUGGGCUCACCCACAUGCAGCCUCAACAUCCUGUGAGGGUGGUGUGAUCCCACUGGUAUCCCUCCUGCAUACACACCUAGGCCCUGGGCCCUGGCUGGGAACUGGAACCAGCAAGGCCAAGAGUGAAAGAAAGUGGCUCUGGCUCCUGCAUCCCCUACUCCUGGUGGGGCAGGGAGGCGGUGCCCAUGUGGCUGAGAGAUCACAGAUGUCUCCCUGCCAGCUUCGGUGGCCUUGCUGCCUCCUCUCCCUAAGAGGCUUUGCCCAGUGAGGCAAUGUGAUCAUGCACCCUGCAGAUGGGGGGCCCGGGCUGCGAUGAGGCCAGAAGCCAGUGGUCAGCUCUGGUCAUUAGGUCUGCAGGUUUCAGGAGGUGGGUGGAGGGCUAUGGCGCUUGCCCCUCACCCACAGUCUGCCCUGCCCUUCUCCUUACAGGCCCACCCUGAAAGCUGCCUGAGUCUGUUGGCCUUUUCAAAAAAAGGGAUCUACCUGGGAUCAGGGUGCCCUAGGGCACGUGUUAUUAAAGGUGCUGAUUCUCUAUUGCUUGGAAAACCAAGAUGUUCUGAGAGAUGGACAGGUGGCUGCAGGACAAAGCCCAGCCUGUUCUGUGGGAAGAGGAAUGCUGCUGCCUUGGAGAAUACGUGCACGUCUGCUGCCAGGCUAGCCACGUCCAGGCUGGCUGACCUGCUCUGUGCUCAGGGCUGCCUGGUGAAACUUACCUCCAUGGUCCUCCCCCCAGGAGCGGGUGGACUUUGAUGGCUUCAUCCAGCCUUUGCAGAAUCUAGCUGGAGUCAGGGGUGAGGCACUUUAGAAUCAAUGCAUUUGAAAGGGCUGAGUCUAAAUGUAAAAGCUUUAAACAUAUAUAAACCUGCAUAAACCUGGAACUUGUUUAUCUAAUAUGUAUGACAGAUGAACUUUGAAAUGAGGUGGAAGAUUUAUAAAAACCAAGAUUACUGUUUUUGUUUUUUUUAAAGAAUUAAAUUGAUAAUGGCUUGCUCUUGGAGAAAGAUCUUUUGGAACUUUUCAAAAGCAUUUGUUUUUCCUGGGCAAGCCAUUCAUCAGAAAGAAAAGUACUAGUCUUAGUCCAUUUUGUGCCACUAUAACAAAAUACCUGAGACUGGGUGAUUAUAAAGAACAGAAACUGGUUCACAGUUUUGGAGGCUGGGAAGUCCAAUGUCAAGGUGCCCGCAUCUUGCAGGGGCCUUCUUGCUGCUCUUGCUGCAUCCUCCCAGGGCUGAAGGGCAAAGAGAGGGCAAGAGAGAGGAGCCAAACUCAUCCUUUCGUAACUAACCCACUCCCUCAAUAAUUAAUCUACUCAGAGCCCUCGUGGCCCAAUUACCUCUUAAACGUCCCACCUCUUAAUACUGGUACAAUGGCCAUUAAAUUUCCACAUGAGCUUGGCCGGGGACAGACAUUCACACCACAGCAGUGCUUUUCCAAGCACAUUCACCAAUCCCUAGUUCCUUUCCUUCUGAUCUCACCUUGUACUUUCCAUGCCUCAGGCAAGCCUGGUUCCAUUCAGCCAACGGAACAGUCCCUAACUGUUUAUUUGGUAAAAGCUUACUAUCCCUAGCACUGUAAAUAGGAAAAGGGCAACACCUCUAUAUGAAGCGAUGUAGGGGUGGAGAUUGCUCAGUGGCAAUAUAUUGAUCUGAUUCGUUUUUUAUUUUUUAAAAACAAACCUCUUAGUCCUUGGCCAAUUAAAUGUGUUUCCUGCAGUA